AUGCAAUUCGGAGACAGUCUCCUUAUCUCCUCAAACGAGUGGCUUCAACAGGCGACUGUUGCUGCUAAUGAAGAUUUAGGGGCCCCCAACAACCCUCAGCAACAGACUGAUGCCCCUGUAGGGCUUCAAGGGGCCCCAGAGGGGCCCCCAAGGGUCUUAGAGGGGCCCCCAGGGGCCUCAGAGGGGCCCGCAGGGGUCUUAGAGGGGCCCCCAGGGGUCUUACAGGGGCCCGCAGGGGUCUUAGAGGGGCCCGCAGGGGUCUUAGAGGGGCCUGCAGGGGUCUUAGAGGGGCCCGCAGGGGUCUUAGAGGGGCCCGCAGGGGUCUUAGAGGGGCCCGCAGGGGUCUUAGAGGGGCCCCCAGGGCCCACAGGGGCCUCAGAGGGGCCCCCAGGGGGCCCCUGGACCCUGGGGGGGGCCCCCAACGCUGAGAUUGUCGAUAACCCUCUCUGUGCUGUCUCCUCUCCACAGGCUGCCUGCAGUCUUGUUACUUCGGGGGCCCCUGUUGUGAGUGGGCCCUUUGCUGCACCGCUGGAGGCAGAUGGGGGCUUGGGGGCCCCCUACUUUGAAUCUUUAUCGGGUGGGGAUAUUCAGGGGCCCAUAGAAGUAGGGGGCCCCAUUGGGGCCUCUUUGGGGCCCUUUGCUGUCUCUGAAGAGGAUUGGUUUAAAGCGAGCCUUGCAGAGCCCCUGUCUCCUCCUGCCUUAGGGGCCCCUCUAGGAACUGCCUUGGGGGCCCCUAUGGGGGCCCCUGUAGGGCAAUAUCUCUUAGAUACCCCCUCUGGGGGCCCCCCUGGGCCCUCUAUGGGGGCCCUUCCAAGCAGCAGUUUGCUGGGGUUUGCGUUUGAGAGCCCUAUGAGUUGUCUCGAGCCCGUCGGAGGGGGGCCCCUAACGCCCACCCUUGGGGCCCCUGAGGGCCCCCCAACAUCAACCCUGGGGCCCCCAGGGGGGCCCCCAAUAACCACCGUUGGGGUCCCAGGGGGGCCCCUAAUGCCCACCCCGGGGGCCCCUGUAGGGCCCCUAAUGCCCACCCUGGGGGACCCUCAGGGCCCCCCAACGACCCCCUUGGGGGCCUCUGGGGGGCCCCUUAUGACUGCCCUGGGGGCCCCUCUGGGGCCCCAUGCUCUUGCGAUCCCUGGGGAGCCCUUGGCAACCACCCUGGGGGCCCCUACGGACCCAUCAAUGAAUACUGUGGGGUUCAGUGUGGGGCCCCCCGCUCUAGGGCCCCCUGGGGGCCCUCUAGGAACCUCCCUGGAGGCGCCUGGGGGCCCUCUAGCAACCUCCCCGGGGGGGGCCCCUCCGGUUGCUGCUGCACCUGGAGGAGCAUCUGCUGCUAAGGAGACAGAAGCCGUUGGUGACGAGGGCAAGGCCCCUGCUGCUGCUUCUCUUAGGGGCCCCAUUGUGAAGGGGGCCCCUAUGAGGCGCGGGCCCAGGCAGCUGCCCGGGGAGGCCCCUGAGGGGGCCCCUCAGCAGCAGCACAACCGGAAGGGGCCCCCCUGUGCUGCUGCUGCAGCAUCUGCUGCUCCCCUAAAGGAGACAGAACAGAAAAAGGAGACACCAAGAAUAUCGCAAGAGACUCUUCUUCCUGCCUGCUGCUACGUAGAGCCGCUCCCUAGAAGCUUUCUACAGGGCCUAGGGCUGGAGGCACCUCUUGGUAUUGAGGAGACACUUGCAUAUGAAGCAGCGGUGCGGGGCAACUGUCUCCUGUGGCUGCCGCUGAAGAGAAGAACUGUCUCCUUAGUGCCGGGUUUAAUUGUUUAUACUUUCUUACAAAACAUUGCUGUCUCCUCUCAACUUAUUGUCUGUCUCUCCCCCACAAAUAAGGGGGCCCUUCGUCUCCAAGAGUCUCUUCAAGAGGCACUGACUUUCCUGUACCCUCAUCAGCGCGGCUGCGGGGGCCCCCACUGUACACCCGACCAAGAGGGGGGCCCCUAUAAGGGCCCCUAUGGGGGCCCCUAUGGGAGCCCCUAUGAGGGCAGCAAUGAGGGCCUUUAUGGGGGCCCCAAUGGGGGCCCCUGUGGGCCCUAUGAAGGCCCCUAUAAGGGCCCCUGUGGGGGCCCCUUUGACGGCCCUUAUAGGGGUCUAUAUAAGGGCCCCUAUGAGGGUCCCUAUAAGGGCCCCUAUGGGGGCCCCUAUGGCGGCCCCUAUGGGGGCCCUUAUGGGGGCCCUUACGGGGGCCCCUAUGGGGGCCCCUAUAAGGGCCCUUAUGAGGGGCUUCGCGGGCUGGUGACGCGGCUUUGUCCCUCAAAGGGUACGAAGGAGACAGCAGCAGCAGAUAAAAAAGAGAGACACUGGCAGCAGACGCAUCUGCAAGUAAGAUGGGGGGCCCCAGCCACUUGGAAGACCUACAUUAGAGAUUUAAAGGCCUUUACUGAGGCCCUCAGGGAUAAAGCGGGGGUUUCGUGGCCUCCGCAUACACCUGAAGAGAGACAACAGUUAAAUUGGUAUCACCCGCUCGCCCCCUUUCGCUUCGCUGCUUCUCAAGCAGAGGCAUUGCAGUGUCUCUCUCGGGGAGACAAGGGCCCCCAGUACCCUAUUGGGGGCCCCCUUAGGGGCCACCCCUGGCCCCUUGGCUGUAUAGGCACCCCUGCUGCUGCUGCUGCUGCUGCUGCUGCUGCUGCUGCUGCUGCUGAUGGGUCCUGCUGCCCCUGGGAGGGAAGGAUCCCUUCAAGGGAGGCCUUUGUGCAUUGGCCUCGCGUGAUUGUCUCCUCAGUGUCUCUGUUUGUCCCUUUAUUAAUGCAUGGAUAUCUUCAGCUUGAUGAUGUAUCGCUGCUGCUGCUGGAUGGAGUUGCCUGCAGCAGCAGCAGCAGCAGCAACAGCAGCAGCAGCAGCAGCGGGGUGGAAGGGUAUGAUUGUCUCUUAAAGCACUUUCUUCCUCGCGCUGUGUCUCCUCCUCGCAUUGUCUGUCUAACGGAGACUCCCUUUAUUGGUCUGCACCGCUGGGGCUUCAAAGAUAUUAAAAAAGAAUUUAAGUGUCUCCUCAGCCUUCUUCGCUGUCCCUCCUUUAUCUUAGCCGAGGCCCUUGGGGGCCCAGGGGGCCCCCCAACUGUAGAUAUCAUACGCUUCUCCCCGCAGCACGCCCCCUACUGGACUGCAGCAGAAGUUGCUGCUGCAGCAGAACAAGCAGCAGCAGCUUGUACUUCUGCUGCUGCAGCAGCAGCAACAGCAAAAGAAGCUGCAGCAGCUUCUACUUCUGCUUCUGCUGCUGCAACUGCAGCAGCAACACUACCACCAAGUAAGGGGCACACAGCAGAAACGUCUGGUUUAUUCUCUGCUGAGGAGGGGCCCCCCUGGGGGCCCCUUGGGGGGCCCCCCUCCCAACAGCUCUUCAGUGACACCGUACGCCGUCUGCUGUCUAUCUGCAACAACUUCUUUAUGCAUGCACUCAAAUCCAGAGGCCGCCUCGAGUUGGUAGGGCCCCCAGGGGGGCCCCCUAAGGGCUCUUCAACAGGGGGGGCCCCUGGAAAGGGGGACCCUCAGAAGGGGGCCCCUGGGGGCCCCCCAACUAGCGCGUUGCAGGAGACAGCUUCGUCCUCCCUCAGCCCCCCUGUGGAGACAGCCGAUGAAGACCGAAGAGAUGCAAAGGGGCCCCUGGGAGAGGGGCCCCUUAGAGAGGACCCUUUAAAAGAGGGGCCCCUUCGAGAGGGGCCCCUAAAAGGUGGGCCCCCAAAAGAGGGGCCCCAUAAAGAGGGGCCCCUAAGCGGGGAGCCCCAUAAUAAAGGGGGGCCCCCAAGUGAUGGGCCUCAAAAAGAGGGGCCCCUAAGUGGGGGGCCCUUAGAAGAGGGGCCCCUAAGUGGGAGGCCCCUGGGAGAGGGGCCCCUAAGUGGGAGGCCCCUGGGAGAGGGGCCCCUAAGUGGGGGCCCCCUAGGAGAGGAGGGAGAGGACCCUUUAGUGCGAGGGGUAUUGAAGGAGGUGGGGGCCCACGUCUUUGUGAAGAUGAACAGCUUAUGUUUGGAGAGGGUUUGUUGUUUGCUGCCGCUGCAGCAAAAAGAAGAAGCUGCUUCGAGGUGGAGAAGUAUGAAGGAGACUCUGCUGUAUGUACAGCAGCAGUGGGGCUUCUGGUGUCUCUGUGCAGCAGCACAGCACCUCCGGGGCACCCUAAACACACUCGCUCUGUCCUUAGGGGGGCCCCCCAUCUAUCAAGAGGGGCCCCCCUCUACCUGCAGUCCUUUGCAAUUCAAGACAUUCCUGCAGCCGCUGCAGCAGCAAACCGUCUCCUUGGAGUCCCAGGGUGCCCCAGGGGCCCCAGGGGCCCGGGGGCCCCCCUGCAGCAGCAAACUACUUUCUAUAAACCCCACAGAAGAAGCACAAGGGGGGCCCCCGCUGCCUUUCACAGUUAAAGAGGAACGAGGGGGGACUGGGGGCCCUUCUUUGGUGUCUCCUUCUUUAAUCUCAGUGUCUCCUUCUUCAGCAUUUGAGGGCCCCGCAUGGCUUCACUUUCCUUUUGCAGAGUCUCCUGCUGCUGAGGGCCCUGCUGCACUUGGGGGGCCCCCCAAACAGGGGGGGGGCCCCCCUCUGUUUAGGGCUAACGCUGAUUUGCUGCAGCGGAGACUGCAACUGGGUGUAGGAUUUAUCUUUAUAGAGAUGCUGGGGGCCCUGCUGCGGCAGCCUCAAUUAAAACAUUACAUAGAGUACUGCAGCAAAGGCUUCACAAGCCUACACACCUUCCUACACUUCCUCCCCCCCAAGAAGCAGCAGCAGCAACAACAGCAACUGCUGCAGCAACAGAUACAGCAACAACCCAAGCAGCAACAGCUGCAACAGCAACAGCAGCAGCUGCUGCAACACCAACAGGAACAGCUGAAACAGGAUCGGCAGCAGCAGCAACUGCAACAGCAGCAGCAACUGCAACAGCAGCAGCAGCAGCUGCAGCAGCAGCAGCAGCAGCUGGAGAUGUUAGCUUAUCGCUGCCGUGUAUUAGCGAGAGAGACUCUGAAAGGUCUCUUCAGCCCUCGCCUGGUGGAGCUGGAUCGGGUGCUGUCUCUUUAUUUGCAAGGAGACACCUCAGGAGACACCUCAGGAGACACCUGGAGAGACGCUUGGGGGCCCCUCCUGCAUGCAGAGCGGGCCCUCAUUGUUUGCCGCAGCAAAACUGCUGCUUGGUGCAUCAGCCGCUUCCUGCAAGCCAGAGGACUCAAGGAGACUGUCUCUAGCUGGGGUUGGUGGGAGUUUGCUGCUCCUGCUGCUGCUGCUCCUACUGCUGCUGCUGCUCCUGCUGCUCCUGCUGCUGCUGCUGCGGCUGAGGGACACCUUGAGGGCAGCCACGGGAACAGUUGUCAUAGGGAGGGCCUACGUGCAAAAGGAGACAAAAUGGCAUCAGGCUGCUGCUGCUGCAACUGCAGCAGCAAGUGCAGCAGCAGCCGUAGCGGCAAAUGCAGCAGCCACCGCAGCAGCAGCAGCAGCAGCAGCAGCUUUCCUCGAAGGCUAGUUGUCGCUGCCAGCACUAAUGCUGCGCUGCAGGGGAUCGGGUCCAGAGGCUGCGGAGUUGUGUUAAUGGCGGAGACACCUGAGAGGGAGAACGAGUUGCUGCAGGCUGCAGCCUGCUGCAGCAGCAGCAACAGCAGCAGCAGCAGCAGCAACGGCAGUAGUAAGACCACGGAAUCAGCUGAACACCCUCCUUUGCUGCUGCUGUUUGCUGCUGAUGCGCCUCCUGCCGUUUGUGCUUCUUGCUGCUUCUCUUCCUGCUCGCUGCAAUCUCUUGGGGGGGGCCCUUUAGGGCCCCCUCUUCGUUUCGAGCUGUCUCCUUUGCUGCAGCACAUAUGUUUGCUGCGAGAGUUUGCCGCUGCUUGUUGCGCACGAGCAUUUGAGGAACAGCAGCAGCAGCAGCAACAACAACAACAACAACAACAACAACAGCAGCAGCAGCAGCAGCAGGAUUCAGGUGUCUCCUCAACCGGCGUAGGCGUGGAGACAGCAGCAGGAGCAUUCGUCCCCCCAGUACUGGCGUGGGGUUUGCUGCAGCAAAUUCUUAAGGAGAGCUUCAGUGAAGCAGCAGGCAAAGCCUUUAGGGAGGCCCGAGGUGCUGCUGCAGAGGCUCUGUAUGCUUUGGGGCCCCUUAAAGCAAAACGGAGACAGCUGGGGGCCCCCCUAAUACUAGAACUACCACCGCUGCAGGGGUGCAGAGACACCCCAGCAGCUCCGCAGGUGCUUGAGAUCACACCAGCAUCAGCAGCAGCAGCAGCAGCAGCAGCAGAUACAGACAGAGUAGCUGCUUGGCAGCAGCUAGCGGUGAGGGCUAUAGAAAGGCUGCAUGCAUUAGGGGUAUUAGAUAAUCAUUUGCUGCUGAGCCCUACACUUCCUUUGCAAGAACAAGGGGGCCCCAGGGGCCCCUUAGUCUCCUUUAAGGGGCCCCCUAAAAAUGCAGGAGGAGGAGACACCGUAAGGAGACAAACUGCGCGGUGUCUCCUGCCAACCCUCGAGAUGCAGCAAAUGCUGCUUCAACCCCACAAGGAGCAGCAGCCUACUAAGCUGUACAUACACCGCGUGUGGUGUACGCCCGUUACGUGGCAGCAAAUGCAGCAGCAGCAGCAGCAGCAGAUGGAGUUGCUGGAGGAAGCAGCAGCAAAUGAAGAGACAAGAAGCAGCAAACACAAAGAAGAUGUGCUGCUCUCUGAAAGCCCUGUCUAUGAUAGUGGGGGGCUCCUCGGCUACUGGACUCCCUUCAGCAGCAAACGAACAGCAGCAGCAGCAGCAGCAGCAGCAGCAGAAGCUGCUGCUGCUGCUGCUGAUGAUGAUGACGAUGGUGCAGCCGCAGACCAAUCGUCCUCCUCAGCAGAAACAGAAGCAGCAGCUGCUGCUGCUGCUUCCGCUGCUGCAGCAGCAGCAGAGGCAGAAGUAGCAGAAGCAAAGGCUCUUGCUGUAGAGCUGUUCUCACGGUUAUUUCCUAUGAAGCCUGUCUCCUCUGUGCUGCAGCCACUAGCGUUGCUGCUGCCGUCUCCGCUGCCUGCUUCGAUAGUGACCUACGGCGUGCACCCGCUGGGGAGUUGGGGAGGCGUCUCCUGCUGCAGCAGCGAAGCAGCAGACGAGAUGUCUCCUUCAGGAUGUGGAGGAGACACACUGUCUCCUUUUAGCUCAGCAGCAGCUGCAGCAGCAGCAGCAGAUACGUGCAUGCAUGCAGCAGAUACAAAAGGAAGAGAAGGCUUCAUGAAAAUAGAAAUCGAAACCCCACAAAAAGAUAUGACACUCACUGUCCCCAAUGCCGAGGCCCUCAAAGCACUCCUCACAUUUACUCAUGAGUUUUUAUUUAAAGCUGCAAGUGUCUCUAACUUUAAUGUUGAUUUAAGCGACCCUCAGCUGUCUCCUUCCUCUCUCUAUCAAACUAUGCUUCUAUCUACUCGCUGGGGCCCCUCCCGCUGCUGCUCUGGGGGGGCCCCCUUGCAUCCCCCCUCAGAGACAGCACGCGGGCAUCAGCAACAGCAACAGCAACAGCAGCAACAGCAGCAACAACAGCAGCAGCAGCAGCAAGAGAUGCAGGAGGUCCACGGUUUGUUGGAGACAGCAGCAGCAACAGGUGUUGCUGCUGCACUUAAAACAACCACACCUUUUGUCUCUGCUGGGGGCACUGAGAAAGGAGACAGCGCUGCUGACAGCUCCUCCGCAUCACAGCAGCAGCAAGGAGACACCGCACAGCAGCAGCAGCAGCAGCAGCAACAGCAACAGCAACAACAACAGCAACAACAAGAAGGGCAGCACCAUCAUCAUCAUCAUCAUCAUCAUCAUCAUCAGCAGCAGCAGCAGCAGCAGCAGCUUCUUGGAUUAGAAGGAGACAGUUGCUUAGAGUCUCUGCCUUUGUGCGUUGUAGCCCCUCUGGCCUGGGAUGGGCGGAGCAUUAACUUAGCGUUUGUCUGCACCCUCAGAGCGCUCAACUGCUACGCUAUCAGCAGCAAAUGGCGAGCCGAAGAUGCCUCUCGCUCUUUGAUGGAGAUGCAUGAAGAGGAGACACUUCGUGAGGCUGUGAGGAGAUUAUCAGGGCCUUUAACAGCAAUAAACAUUAUCAAAUCUUCUCUGCUUCAACUCGACAAGGAGACUGUCUCCUCUGCUGCUGAGCAGGAAACGCUGCUGCUGAACAGCAGCAGCAACAGCAGUAACAGCAGCAGCAGCAAGAAGGGGGCCUCAGAGGGGUCCCCCCAAGCUGCUGCCUCAACCUUGUCUCCUGACGGUGAAGAGGCGCCGCUGCUGCUGGACAGCAGCAGCAGCUGUUGCAGCAACAACAGCAGCAACAGCACCAGCAACAGCAGUAGCAGCAGUAGCAGCAGCAGCAGCAGCAGCAGCACAGCUGAGUGCUCAUCUCUGUCUCCUGAGGAUUUGCUGUUUUCUUCGCUGUCUCCUCUUCAUCGCGUCCGUCAUCAGUUUCCUUUUGCUGAAUUCUGUAGGGCAGGAAACCCCUUGGGGCAAGAAGCGCAGCAAAGGAGACAGCAGCAAGACUCAGCAGCUGUCUCCUUUUAG